AUUCUUCCUCUUGUGGGUGCUGUGUUACAGGCAACCAACAGGGUUAAGUUUUGAAGUUGGUAGUACAGAUGAUGCCUGGAAACGUGCAAUUGUCUGUCCCUCCGGGCUUCAGGUUCCAUCCAACCGAUGAGGAGCUUCUCUACUAUUACUUGAAGAAGAAGGUGGCCUAUGAGAUCAUUGACUUGGAUGUUAUCAGAGAUAUUGAUCUCAACAAACUUGAACCAUGGGAUCUCAAAGAUAAGUGCAGGAUAGGAACUGGUCCUCAGAAUGAGUGGUAUUUCUUCAGCAGGAAGGACAAGAAGUAUCCAACGGGGACAAGGACGAACAGGGCGACGAACGCUGGGUUCUGGAAGGCGACGGGGAGGGACAAGGCCAUCCACAUGGGCAGCUGCAGGCGAAUAGGCAUGAGGAAGACGCUGGUGUUCUACACGGGGAGGGCACCCCAUGGACAGAAGACCGACUGGAUCAUGCACGAGUAUCGCCUCGACGAUGAGAGCACUGAUGCCCAGGAAGAUGGAUGGGUGGUUUGCAGAGUCUUCAAGAAGAAGAACCAUCAAAGAGGAUUCCCAGAAGAGGCAUUCCAGGAGGAGGAUCACUUUCCAAACCUUCAAAGGCCAAGCGGGCCUUCUCUAAUGGAGCACAAACCAAACCUACCCAGCUCCCAGUAUGACUUCUCCUUCGAUGGUUCCAUGCAUCUUCCCCAGCUACUCAGCCCAGAGUCUGGGGUUGCAGCAUUCAAUAUGCCACCUCUUUCCCUCAACUCCAUUGACAUCGAAUGCUCCCAAAACCUCAUGAGGCUGACCACCAAUGGAAUGAUGCAGCUAGAUCAGAAGCUCACUGGUGAUUGGUCUUUCUUGGACAGGCUGCUUCAGUCCAACCAGAUGAACCCGGAUCAGUUUUUCCAGGGCAAGUGCAACCCAGCCGCAGUGCAGGUUGUGGAUGCCGCUGGCUCCUCGAUGCAGAGGUUCCCAUUUCAUUAUCUUGGUUGUGAUCAAGACAUGCUAAAAUUCUCAAAGUAG